UGGCUCUGCCCGCCUCCUUGCUUGUUCUGCCCACAUUGGAAGAGACAGGCAGUUGUCUGUCUUGGUUUAGUUAUAAAAAAAAAUAUUUUGUUGGUACUAAAUGUAGCUUUGUUUUGAUUUUCUUCCGGGUGGAGGAAAUCUAGCCGCCAAAUUCAAAUUAUCCAAGGCGCAUUAAUGUGUUAGAUAUCGCUAAUGCACUUAAUUUUUAUAUUGCCAUUCGCUUACGCAUAUCCAACAAUGGCUGAAUUAAAUAAAACUAACGUUACCAGAGCUAGCUAACGUCACACGGCGGACACAAUGGACGAGCCGAGAAAAGAUGUUUUGGGGUACUUGAACAUAUUGGAAAUGGAAGCGAACAACUUGGCAGUGAAGCAGCAGGAAUUUCGGCAGAUUAGUCGUGAGGAAGAGCUGAAUGCAACACUACAGGAACUCCUCACUAAAAGAGACCAGUUAAACGUUUAAAUAAAAGCAAAUACAGUAAUCCCUCCAGAAGCUGAGAACUCUACUGGACAAAACAGGUGUUCCAUGUGAGAGGGAUGAGGAUGACCUGGAGGAUGGCUCAGAGAACUCACAACUUCUGCUGUUGAUGGCUAGACACAGACAACUGCAGGACCUGCUUCAUGGUCACCACCUUAUCGGUGGGUAUGAUAUAGGUGUCUACCUUGAGACAUAUAACCUGGAGAUGAACCUGGGUUCUAAUCUGAGAAUUUGUCGCCACAACAUCCCUCCAUUCAUCCCCCUGGAGAGGCUGGUCAAGCAGAGCAACAUGCAGACAGACGUCAGGGCUUUCCUGUAUACCCUCAGCCAAUAUCUCAAUGCCUACGUUGGCCGCAAGCAGCAGCUGCACCUCAUCAAGGAGCGUCAUAGCUCUGUUCGGGUAAUGGAGAGUAAUACUCUCUAUACUAUACUGGUGCUGAUUUUCACUAUACCAGGAGAGAAAGCCGGGGCUGCACUGUGUACACUGGAGUAUGCUGACCACACACAAUGCCUGCCCAACCAGGUCAACAUAGUCUGAAGGUAGAAUUCAUAAAUACCAUCUAGAUACUUAAUAUUAAAUGACCUUUUAAGGGUUGUUGUUGAAACAACACAGGACAAUAUGUACUAUGCUUUUCUGGAGGAUGUUAUCUUUAGCCAUGUGCAUACCUGUUGCUUCUGUAAAAUGAUUGAUACCUUCCUUGCUUAAUGCGAGUGAAGCAUUUCGCUACACUCGCAUUAACAUCUGCUAACCAUGUGUAUGUGACCAAUAAAAUUUGAUUUGAUGUGUGUGUAGACAUGGCACUGGCCAGUUCUCCACAAUGGAAGAACUAUGCCCUACUCCUGGAGUCCCCAGUACACACAGCCUUAGUGACCAUUAAAAAGACCGGCAGUAUCGCUUAGUCUGAACACACAGUAUGCUGUAAAUGUACUCCAGACUGAACACUUGUUUAUGUCAAUGUAUGAAGUUUAUUUUACAUUUGUUUUUUAUACUAAUUUAUGUCAGUCACUAUCUAGGCUAGUAAUUGUCAGAUACCUAUACAUGUACUGUAUAUAUUGUUGUUUUAAUCUAGUCUGACAACCCUGUUUGUAAUAUAAUGACAGUAAUACAGUAUGUUGUUAAAAUAAACUGGCAUAGUGUUGACUUA